AUGGAAUAUGUUUAUGAUGAUGUUGUUCAUAUUGUGAAGACAGAGAGAUUUGAAUCGUAUCGAUAUAUUGACCAUUCGAACAACUUUGUAGUGAAACUUAAAUUCCCUGUUAGUUUACCAUUUCAUGGGGAAGAUUCAAAUGAAGAGAAAGAAGAAAAUCAUUAUAUUUGCCUCGAGCAUAUAGCAGAAGACAGUGCUGAGAAAACAUUGUAUUGUUGGAUUUUUUUCAAAGCAUACACGAGCGAUUGUAUUUACGUGAAUGAUAUUUUUAUGGUGCAUUUCGAUGGCAAUUGUAGCCAUCAACAAACUACUGACUUAAGAGUGUUGAUGCAUGCAGAUGAAGAUAGCAAACGUAGAAUGUGUUUGGAAUUUGUUUCAUUUCAUGAGACGUAG